AUGCAAUUAGCAUUAGUGGACUUUGAUGCCGCGUUCGACUCUCCUCACCGAGGUCAUUUUCUCGAUGCGCUCUGCGCCAAUGGAAUACCAGGAAAGUUCGUUCGCUUGCUUGAUGGCAUGAAUCAACGAACAACUGCUGCAGUUCGAACACCAGCAGGAUGUACAACACCGUUUGAGGUAACUGGAGUACGACGAGAGGCAGUGGCAAGACCUGUUCAAUUUCGCCAUCGACUACAUUAUGGGAAGAACAGUAGAUCAGUGUCCUGCCAAUGUCAUUCUAGCACCAUAUGGACACCACUUGACCUAUCUCGAGUAUGCUGA